GAUCCCACCCAGGAGACGGCUAGCAACCCAAGUGCCCCCACCCCCGUUCUCUCUACUUUUGGGGGAUGAGUUGGGGGUGCUUUUGGGAAUGACAAGAAAGCCCCAUUCUCUCACCCCCCCCAACUACUCAAAACUUUCUAAGGGGGCUUCGAAAGAGUUUCCCACGGACACCAAAAAAAGAAACCUCGCGCUCGCGGCGGGAUUUUCCGUCUUCUUGUCCCGGAUCGCAGGCCUCAGAAAAGGAAGCUCCGAUUUCCUGCUGUUGGGCUGCAGAGACCCUCCCGCUGGACCCAAGGUGUUGGUGGCCUCAUUCCUUGCACCCAUUAUGGGACCCCUGUGGGUGACCCGCUUCCUCCUGGGGUGCACAUCGCUCACCUUCUACCAAGAGUUCGCCAGCGGACAGCAUGACGGAGACCUCCAGCCCGACAGAUUUGCAAGCAGCUACGAGAGCAAGCAGCCCCCCAGCCGAGUGAGACGAAGAGGCCACGACACUUUGAGAGGGCCCAACGUCUGCGGAUCCCGGUUCCACUCGUACUGCUGCCCCGGAUGGAAGACCCUCCCCGGUGGGAACCAGUGCAUUGUCCCCAUUUGCCGGAACUCCUGCGGAGAUGGGUUCUGUUCCCGACCCAACAUGUGCACCUGUUCCAAUGGACAGCUGUCUCCAAACUGUGGCUCCGGAGGAGUUCAGUCUUGCAACGUGAGAUGUAUGAAUGGCGGGAGCUGCAACGAAGAAGCUUGUCUCUGCCAGAAGGGAUACACUGGGACCUACUGCGGCCAGCCUGUCUGCGAAAGCGGAUGCCAGAACGGCGGUCGGUGCAUUGGACCAAAUCGCUGCGCUUGCGUGUACGGAUUCACGGGGCCCCAGUGCGAGAGAGAUUACCGCACAGGCCCCUGCUUCAGCCAAGUCAGCAACCAGAUGUGCCAAGGGCAACUCAGUGGUAUCGUUUGCACCAAGACCAUGUGCUGCGCCACCAUCGGGCGGGCAUGGGGCCACCCUUGCGAGAUGUGCCCCGCCCAGCCCCACCCCUGCCGCCGCGGCUUCAUCCCUAACAUACGGACUGGCGCUUGCCAAGAUGUGGACGAAUGCCAGGCGAUCCCUGGGCUUUGCCAAGGAGGAAACUGCCUCAACACGGUGGGGUCCUACGAAUGCAAGUGCCCGGUGGGCCACAAGCAGAGCGAGACGAGCCACAAGUGCGAAGAUGUGGACGAAUGUACCAGCAUCUCAGGAGUUUGCGACGGCGGCGAGUGCACCAACACGGCCGGGAGCUACGUCUGUGCCUGUCCCCGGGGCUUCAUGACAAGUCCGGAUGGCUCCCGUUGCGUGGGUAAGAUGGAGAAUCGAUUGCUCAAUUCGCCAUUGCCGCUGUGGACUUACUGGGGUGUUUCUUUUCAAACCAUAGCUGUCAAGCGUCCCUUAUUUGACGGGACAGUCCCUUAUCCCAGCGCCGUGUCCCGCUGCUGUCAUAUUGACGAGGCCAGGGAGGAAGGAAGCUCCAACUGCCUGGCCUGCCCCCCUCCGGCCUCCUCUCACCAGCCUCGGCCCCCGGGAACCCCUCCCCGCCGGGUCUGGUGGGAGCCUUGGGCCCUUCCGCCGCCAUACUCGCGGCCGCCAAACUGA